AGCCGCGGCUUGGUUGGUGUCCGCAGCAUCCCGGCGCCUGGGCUCCGGUCGCUGCACGCCUGGGCUUUCUGUCUCCUCCCCUCUCCCGCCCUCACCUCCACGCGGGGCUGCCUGGGCCAGUCAAGUCUGCGCACUUUGCCCCUUGCUGGCAGCGGAUAAAAGGUGUCUGAGGAAAUACGGGACACGGUCACCCACUGCCAGCUCUAGCCUUUAAAUCCCCUGCUCGGGGAGAUCCACGCACAGCGGGUCCGGCCCGGACAUCCAGCCGGCGUGCACUGCGCAGAGCCACCGAUCGCUGCGCACUAGCGGGCUCCGGAGCAGAAGUCCAUCCCUCUGUUCCCGCGGUGCCGAACUCCGCUCGGCAGCCUCAGUCCUGGGAAAGUGAUCCCGGCAUCCUAGAUCCAAGAUGCCGGCCCACUUGCUGCAAGAGGAGAUCUCUAGCUCCUACACCACCACCACCACCAUCACAGCGCCUCCCUCCAGGGUCUUGCAGAAUGGAGGAGGCAAGUUGGAGAAGCCCCUCUACUUGGAAGAAGACAUCCGCCCUGAUAUGAAAGAUGAUAUUUUUGACCCAACCUACCAGGAUGAGGAGGGUCCAAGACCCAAGCUUGAAUAUGUCUGGAGAAACAUCAUCCUUAUGUUUCUUUUACACCUGGGAGCCCUGUAUGGGAUCGUAUUGAUUCCCACCUGCAAGUUGUACACCUGGCUGUGGGGAAUAUUCUACUAUUUCAUCAGUGCUCUGGGCAUAACAGCAGGAGCCCAUCGCCUGUGGAGCCACCGAACUUACAAAGCCCGCCUGCCCCUGCGUCUCUUCCUGAUCAUUGCCAACACCAUGGCAUUCCAGAAUGAUGUUUAUGAAUGGGCCCGCGAUCACCGAGCCCACCACAAGUUUUCAGAAACAGAUGCUGAUCCUCAUAAUUCCCGACGUGGCUUUUUCUUCUCUCACGUGGGUUGGCUGCUUGUUCGCAAACAUCCAGCCGUCAUGAAGAAGGGCGGUACGCUGGACUUGUCUGACCUAAAAGCUGAGAAAUUGGUGAUGUUCCAGAGGAGGUACUACAAGCCGGCCGUUGUAUUCAUGUGCUUCAUCCUGCCCACAUGGGUGCCCUGGUAUUUCUGGGGUGAAACCUUUCUGCACAGCACUUUUGUUGCCACGUUCCUGCGUUACGCUGCAGUACUCAAUGCCACCUGGCUGGUGAACAGCGCCGCGCACCUCUACGGAUAUCGCCCUUAUGACAAGAACAUUAAUCCCCGGGAAAAUAUCCUGGUGUCCCUGGGAGCUGUGGGCGAGGGCUUCCACAACUACCACCACACCUUCCCCUAUGACUACUCUGCAAGCGAGUAUCGCUGGCACAUCAACAUAACCACCUUCUUCAUCGACUGCAUGGCUGCCCUCGGCCUGGCCUAUGACCGCAAGAAAGUAUCCAAGGCCGCCGUCUUGGCCAGGAUUAAAAGAACUGGAGAUGAAAGCAGCAAGAGUGGCUGAGUUUUGGGUCCCUCCGGUUCCUUUUCCAAAAGCCAGCUGGGCAGAGGUUUAAUGUUCUGUUUAUUAACUACUGAAUAAUGCUACCAGGAUGCUAAAGAUGAUGAUGUUAACCCAUUCCAGUACAGUAUUCUUUUAAAUGCAAAAGUAUUGAAAGCCAACAACUCUGCCUUUACGAUGCUAAGCUGAUAUUCUUAUUUCUUCUCUUAUAUUCUCUCUCCUCUAGUCCCAUUGUCCUCUUUGCUUUGUUCUUAUCAUCUUCCUUUCUCUUCUCCCUCAUUGGCUCCCAGGCAAGCAGCUGGUCAGUCAUUGGUCAGUGUCCAGCUUCCAAAGCUUAGACAACCUUUCCAUAGUCUUAAACUAAUGGUCUCUGCCCCAGAUAAUUCUCUUUCCUUGAGCUGUUGUAAGCUUUAAGGUAGGUAGCUCAAGCUAGAGACACAACAAAAUCUUCUGGGCAGUUCUCUGUUCGUUAUCUUCAGCCCAGGCUUUUGCUAGAUGGAAUGGAAAAAGAACUUCAUUUGGCACAAGGCUUCUAAAGCAGGUGAAUUGUCAAGGGAGACAGUUAGCAUGCACAGUAUGAACGACGGGGUCGAGGUGGGAAAACAAGGCAAGAGGAAGCUUGCCAUUAGACGUGCCAUUGACCGUCUAGCGAGGUCUCCAAGCCCCACCAUGCAGCAUGCUUCCUUUCUCUCCUGACUGAGCAGGGAAUGGUGUGGAGCUUGGCAAUGCUAAAACACAAGAACAAAUCUCAAUGUCUCGAUAUAGUUUAGGCUGAGGGUAAAGAUGAAGCAUUUAGUUUCUCUGUUGGGAAGGAUUUUUUUUUCUUUAAUCACAAGGAGAUUUCUUGGUUGUCAUAUCAAGAAGUCUUGAGGUUGGGUGUUUCCACAAUUGGUGAACACAGCAGCUUGUAGAAUUUGAGGAUUCCAUGAGCUGCUCAUCACAAUUCUUGCAUCUUUCUACUCUGCCAGCUUCAGGAUAUGGGUUGCUCCCCUCAUAGUAAUAAGAGAUUGUGGCAUUUCCAAACAUCCAAAAAAGGAAGGAUUUUUCAGAGGUGGAGUUGAGCCAAACAUAGACAUAUAUGUAUCUGAAUACUUUGCUUAGAACAUUAAAAUAUUUCACUUAAGAGUAUUUCCCUUUGAAAGAGGGAUGUUUGAAGGAACUCUGAGGGAGAGGAGGAAUUAGCUGGGUUGCUAUUAAUGCCCCCCCCCGCCCCCCACCCCCACUGCUGGACAGGGGAUAGAUAGGUUGAGGGCAAGUCUGUAGGCAGUUCCUAAGAGGUAACUUUACAAAGGAAGGGCUCUGAGAACAACAUGUCACCGGGGAUCCAGGAGGUUACUGAGUAAGUUAUUGGGUGUCUUAAUAAAA